CACUGUCACAUUCUGUCGUUCCCUUCCAAAAUUUAAAGACCAUUCACUCUCUCUCUUCUGUCAUACCCACACACGUUCCCUUUCAAAGUUCAAAACUUUCGGACACCCUCAUGGCCCGGGACCCCGAAUCCGAAACCGGGUUGGGUCCGAGGCUGAAGCUGAGCAACAUGAGCAUCCCCGAGUUGAUUUCCGAGUUGCGCGAUUCGUUCCUGAGUCGCGACUUCGACCGAGUUGAGGAGGUCCUGGUGGCGCGGGAUGCGAGGCUGACGAAGGAGCUUGAGGAGAAGAAGCGGGAAAUCGGGUCCCUCAGAGAAAGAAUAGAUUUCGAGAGGUUGGAGAAGAUCAAUGCCGAGUUGGAACUGAAGAGGCUCAGGGAAAAAGAAAAAGGGUGUGGGGAGAAGUUGGUGAAGAGUGAUAAUAAUAAUAAUAAUAAUAAUAAUAAUGGGUUUGGUUUGGGUGGUGGGAUUGUUGUGAAGAGUGAAAAAAAGUGUAUGGUUGAGGAGGGUGUUGUUGAAGUGGUAGAAGGUGGAAAGAUUGGGGUUUUGAGAGAGAAGGAAAGAGGGGUUGAUGGGUUGGAGAAUGAGAAGGGGAAGAAAGUUGUUGGAAUCAAUAACUCUGUGUCUCUGAAUAGAAAUGGUGGUGGUAUUGGUGCUUCAGCAGGGGGAGAAUUGGGAUUGAAACCUGUUAUUGUUAUAGUAGACAGUGAUGAUGAGUGUAAUUCACAAGCAACAUUGAACAAAAAAGAGACUACUUCAUGUAUUAAUAUUAUAGAUGAUGAACAUAGAAGUUCAUCAUCAGGAGCACCCCAGAAAAAUCUUCUAACAGGACUGGCUGAACGCAUUGGAAAUCUCAAAAGAAAAUUUGUUUCUUCGCGCGAAUUGGAUGCAAAUAUCAAUGCCUUGGAUGACUUCGAUAGUGAUUCUUCCUGUUCUGGUUCCAGUUCUAGUUCCUCUUCUGGUCCAUAUGAUAAGGAUCUACCAACAAACCAUAAGAAAUUGAGAGCUGAUGCAACCAGUCCUGUAUUGAAGUUUUAACAAAGGUAAAGUGGCAGGACUAGAUACAGAGAAAAAAAAAACCUUAGCACUGAAACAUUUUGUUGUAUGGUCAUAAAGAAACUUCAGCUGGAUAUAGGAGAGGGAGAAAAGGUAAAAGUGGAUAGUGAUGUUUGAGUUUCUUUUUGGGUAAUUGAGGGUAAAUCUUUUGGGUAUAUGUGGGUAAAUUUCUUUGUAAAUCGGUGCUCUAUUAAAAUAGCAAGCCUUUUUUAUUGGUUAUCUUUCAAA